CCGGAUGAUUAUAAGAAAAGCAGCCGUGCAGUUGUGGGGCAACAUUCAUGCAUCGCCAAAGAACCGGUGGUGAUGAUUCUGAUCAAUUUAACAGUCAGGGUGAGAUACUGACGGAAGGACUUGGUAUUUCCUAUACGUUUCUCCUUGCACAUACCAGUUUAGAUUCAGACGGCAAAGAUGGUGAAAAUGGGAUUAUUGUCAGCCGUGCUUUUCGUCUCUCUGUUUGCCAUAUUCAGCGCAUCAGAGGCUAGUGGUGGCGAAAUUGAUCCAGUUUGCAUCGAUCGAAUCUGCACUCUUGAACUCUUCCCCAUUUGUGGCAGCGAUGGAAACACGUACGACAACUUCUGCCUAUUCAACCUUGAGAAGAGGUGCAGCAAUCCUAAGCUUACUAUUCGAUGCCAUGGCGAAUGCAGCCAGUGUGGAUAUCAGUGAGCGACAGACACCUUCAACAGAUAUGGAAGAAAUAGUUCAAAGUACAAUACUUGAAAUCAAUUGUCCUUCAAGUAUUUCAUUGUAAACUUACCUAAGAUUUUCUUCCACGAGUGCCUG